AUGAGGGAGGUGGCUAAACAGGUUUGGGAGUGCUUUGAGGGUCUCAUCGGCGGGAUUAGAGAAGCUUUCACGGUUAGACAUAAAGUGAUGAGUUGGUUGGUCAAACCUACUUCUAAUUCUUACCUUGAUUUUGUUCUACGCACUUUGCCAUCGUUAAUUUGCUGGAAUUUAUGGAAGAUGCGAAAUAUGCGGAUUUUCGAUGCAAGGCUGCGCAGCAAGGUUACCAUACUGGAGGUUUGUUGGAAAUGCCCGAGUCAGUCGGUGGUGGCCGAUGGUUGUUUAAGGGGUAAUCCGGGGAGGAGUGGCGGUGGGGGAGUGUUCAGGGAUUAUUUUGGGAGAUUUCUUCUGGGUUUUUCAUGUUGUUUUGGGGAGAUUACAAGCCUUCAUGCGGAGCUGAAAGCUCUUCAUUUUGGUACUCAAUUAAGUGUAUCUCGUGGAUUAGUUAAGUUGCAUCUAGAGUCUGAUUCACUGGUUUUGGCCCGUAUUAUUCAGGGGAAGGUUAGGUGUCCAUGGCAGUUGCAGAGGGAGUUACAAGAUCUGCUGCAAUAUGAGCGGUAUUUUGAAGCCGUUACUCAUUGUUUUUGA